AUGGCGAUCCUCACGGACGUCGAAGAAACGCAGCCCCAACAAACUCAGGUUUCUCCUACUCCUCCUCUUCCUCCAAGCAAUCACCCGCAAGAAAAGAACAAUCAGGCUGCGGCGGGGAAGGACGAGAAGGAAGAGAAACCCACUUCCCUGCUUCCAAACGCUGGCAAUGGGCUCGACUUGGAGAAGUAUUCAUGGGGGCAGAGCCUUCAAGAAGUGACGAUCACCGUUCCAGUCCCUCCGGGGACGAAAUCGAGGCAGGUAUCGUGCGAGAUCAAGAAGAAUUCUCUGAAGCUCGGGCUCAAGGGCGCAGAUCAGGCGAUGAUCGUCGACGGCGAAUUGUUCGGUCCAGUGAAAGUGGGCGAAUCUUUCUGGCAAUUGGAGGAUCAGAAGAUCGUAUCUGUUCUGUUGACGAAGUCGGACGAGAGGAAUUGGUGGAAGUCGCUGGUGAAGGGAGGGCCGGAGAUUGACACGCAGAAGGUGGAGCCGGAGCCGAGCAGGCUGAGCGAUUUGGAUCCGGAGAUGAGGUCGACGGUGGAGAAGAUGAUGUUCGACCAGCGCCAGAAGCAGAUGGGUCUCCCCACCAGCGACCAGAUUCAGCAGCAGGACCUCCUCAAGAAAUUUGAUCUCUCCAAGAUGAAGAUGGUCGACAAAUUCAGCAACCUGCCAUAA